GAGUUUUCCUGUAGUGGAGGAGGAACGGGAACUCCCACAGUGAGCUUCUGGCUACAGGCAGGAUUUCAGCGCACUGGAAAGUUUCAUUGUUGAUACAACAGCAGCGCUUCAGCCUGAACUGCGGCUCGUUCGAGCGGAGAGUUCUUCAGCAGAUGGAGGUUUAAGCGAGCGUGGCGGAUCGAGAGUUUAUCCCUGGAGAAUAGACAGCAGGACUCAUGGCUGCCACCGUGACUCUGGAGGAUGCUCUGUCCAAUGUGGACCUGCUGGAAGAGCUUCCGCUUCCAGACCAGCAGCCCUGCAUCGAGCCCCUGCCCUCAUCAAUCAUAUACCAGCCGAACUUCAACACCAACUUUGAAGAUCGCAAUGCUUUUGUGACGGGCAUCGCCCGCUACAUUGAGCAAGCCACCGUCCACUCCAGCAUGAAUGUAAUGCUGGAGGAGGGGCAGGAGUAUGCUGUGAUGCUCUACACGUGGAGAAGUUGUUCCAGGGCCAUCCCCCAGGUGAAGUGCAAUGAACAGCCCAACAGAGUGGAGAUCUAUGAGAAGACUGUGGAGGUGCUGGAGCCUGAGGUCACCAAGCUAAUGAACUUCAUGUACUUCCAGCGUACUGCGAUCGAUCGUUUCUGUGGUGAGGUGCGGCGUCUGUGUCACGCCGAGCGCAGGAAGGACUUUGUGUCCGAGGCCUAUCUGCUCACUCUGGGAAAAUUCAUCAACAUGUUUGCUGUGCUGGAUGAACUCAAGAACAUGAAGUGCAGCGUUAAGAACGACCACUCAGCAUAUAAGCGUGCAGCCCAGUUCCUGAGGAAAAUGUCUGAGCCGUCCUCCAUCCAGGAGUCUCAGAACCUGUCCAUGUUCCUGGCCAAUCAUAACAAGAUCACUCAGUCCCUGCAGCAGCAGCUAGAGGUCAUUAACGGCUAUGAAGAACUGCUGGCUGACAUUGUCAACCUGUGUGUGGACUACUAUGAGAACAAGAUGUACCUGACCCCCAGUGAGAAACACAUGCUGCUCAAAGUGAUGGGCUUUGGUUUGUAUCUAAUGGAUGGAACUAACAGCAACAUCUACAAGCUGGAUGCCAAGAAAAGAAUCAACCUCACCAAGAUUGACAAGUUUUUCAAGCAACUGCAGGUGGUGCCGCUCUUUGGAGACAUGCAGAUUGAGUUAUCCCGUUACAUCAAAACCAGUGCUCAUUUUGAGGAAAACAAGUCCAGAUGGUCAUGCACAUCUGCCGGCAGUAGUCCUCAGUAUAAUAUCUGUGAGCAGAUGAUUCAGAUUCGAGAUGAUCACAUGCGCUUCAUCUCUGAGUUGGCUCGCUAUAGCAACAGUGAGGUGGUGACAGGCUCUGGCCGUCAGGAUGCACAAAAGACUGAUUCCGAGUACAGAAAGCUGAGCGAAUUGGCCUUGCAGGGCCUGCAGCUGCUUUCUCAGUGGAGCGCCCAGGUCAUGGAAGUGUACUCAUGGAAAUUGGUGCACCCGACAGACAAAUACUCCAACAAGGAAUGUCCUGACAACGCUGAGGAGUAUGAACGUGCCACUAGAUACAACUACACCAGUGAGGAGAAGUUUGCGCUGGUUGAGGUGAUGGCCAUGAUAAAGGGGCUGCAGGUCCUGAUGGGUCGAAUGGAGAGUGUGUUUAAUCACGCCAUUCGCCACACCAUCUACUCCGCCCUACAGGACUUUGCCCAGCUCACACUCCGGGACCCUCUGCGCCAGGCCAUCAAGAAGAAGAAGAAUGUCGUUCAGAGCGUCCUCCAAGCCAUCCGAAAGACUAUCUGUGACUGGGAGACAGGAAGAGAACCACAUAAUGAUCCAGCCCUGCGAGGGGAGAAGGACCCCAAAGGAGGCUUCGACAUCAAAGUGCCUCGUCGUGCUGUCGGACCCUCUAGUACUCAGCUGUACAUGGUGAGGACCAUGCUGGAGUCCCUGGUGGCUGAUAAGAGUGGCUCAAAGAAGACGCUGCGCAGUAGCCUGGAGGGCCCCACCAUCCUGGACAUCGAGAAGUUCCAUCGUGAAUCCUUCUUUUACACUCACUUGCUGAAUUUUAGUGAGACACUGCAGCAGUGCUGCGACUUGUCCCAGCUGUGGUUCAGGGAGUUCUUCCUGGAGCUCACCAUGGGCCGUCGCAUCCAGUUCCCCAUUGAGAUGUCCAUGCCCUGGAUCCUCACUGACCACAUUCUGGAGACUAAAGAGGCCUCCAUGAUGGAGUAUGUUUUAUAUCCCCUGGACUUGUAUAAUGACAGUGCACACUAUGCUCUCACCAAGUUCAAGAAGCAGUUCCUCUAUGAUGAGAUUGAGGCUGAGGUGAACCUGUGCUUUGAUCAGUUCGUCUACAAACUCGCAGACCAAAUCUUUGCCUACUACAAGGUUCUCGCUGGAAGUCUGCUUCUGGAUAAGAGACUUCGUGCAGAGUGUAAGAACCAGGGAGCUAACAUUUCAUGGCCUCCCUCCAACCGCUACGAGACACUGCUGAAGCAAAGACAUGUUCAGCUGUUGGGCCGUUCCAUUGACCUGAACCGCCUCAUUACCCAGAGAGUGUCUGCUGCCCUUUACAAGUCUCUCGAGUUGGCCAUUAACCGCUUUGAGAGCGAGGAUCUCACCUCCAUCGUGGAGCUUGAAGGCUUGUUGGACAUCAAUCGAAUGACCCACAAGCUCCUCAGUAAGUUUCUGACUCUAGACAGCAUGGAUGCCAUGUUCCGCGAAGCCAACCACAACGUAUCUGCUCCAUACGGCAGGAUCACACUGCACGUCUUCUGGGAACUCAACUAUGACUUCCUGCCCAACUACUGCUACAAUGGCUCUACCAACAGGUUCGUUCGCACUGUGCUGCCGUUCUCACAGGAGUUUCAGCGAGACAAGCCACCCAAUGCCCAGCCGCAGUACCUCUACGGCUCAAAGGCCUUGAACUUGGCGUACAGCAGUAUAUAUGGCUUCUACCGGAACUUUGUGGGACCACCUCACAUCAAGGCUAUGUGCAGACUGCUGGGGUACCAGGGGAUUGCUGUGGUCAUGGAGGAGCUGCUAAAGGUCGUCAAGAGCCUGCUCCAGGGCACCAUCCUGCAGUAUGUGAAGACGCUGAUGGAAGUGAUGCCCAAGAUCUGCCGUCUCCCGCGCCACGAGUACGGCUCACCAGGCAUCCUGGAGUUCUUCCACCACCAGCUUAAGGACAUAGUAGAGUAUGCUGAGCUGAAGACUGUGUGCUUCCAGAACCUGAGGGAGGUUGGCAAUGCUGUGCUCUUCUGCCUGCUGAGUGAACAGAGUCUGUCUCAGGAGGAAGUGUGUGACCUUCUGCAUGCUGCACCAUUCCAGAACAUUCUGCCCAGAGUUCACGUCAAAGAGGGCGAGCGCUUGGAUGCUAAGAUGAAGCGGCUUGAAGCCAAGUACACUGCGCUGCAUCUGGUGCCUUUAAUUGAGCGCCUGGGAACACCACAGCAAAUUGCCAUUGCCCGUGAGGGAGACCUGCUGACCAAAGAAAGACUAUGCUGUGGGCUCUCCAUGUUUGAAGUCAUCCUGACCCGCAUCCGAGGCUUCCUGGACGACCCGAUCUGGCGCGGCCCGUUACCCAGCAAUGGUGUGAUGCAUGUUGAUGAGUGUGUGGAGUUCCACCGCCUGUGGAGCGCCAUGCAGUUUGUGUACUGCAUUCCUGUUGGAGCUCAUGAGUUUACUGUGGAGCAGUGUUUUGGAGAUGGGCUGAACUGGGCAGGCUGUAUGAUCAUCACGCUGCUGGGUCAGCAGAGACGCUUUGACAUCAUGGACUUCAGCUAUCACCUGCUCAAAGUGCAGAAACAUGACGGCAAGGACGAGAUUAUCAAGAGUGUGCCCUUAAAGAAGAUGGUUGACCGCAUUCGCAAGUACCAGGUUCUGAACGAUGAGAUCUUUGCCAUCCUGAACAAGUACCUGAAAUCCGGCGAUGGAGAGAACAUGCCAGUGGAACACGUUCGAUGCUUCCAGCCACCAAUCCACCAAUCGCUGGCUAGCAACUGAGAUCACUUUAUGCCUUACGCCAAACCCUGUUUACACUCGUCAGUGUUUGGAUUGAUUGAAGGUUAGAUGUACUGUUAACAAAAGCACCAGCAAAAUUCUAGUCUAUAUUUGAUGGUGGAAAAUAUGUUGACCAAUUUUUAAGCCAAUAGGACCAUAUUCACCAUUACCAUGACCAUGUUCUGUCUGUGGGAAACUACUUUACCUAUGCCUAUAGUGUUUUGUAGAGCCAGUAAAGCAGGUAAUGAUUUGUCAAGCAACAUGCUUCUGCAGCAAUCUCUGGUUGCAGAAUCAGUUUGUGCAAGAUGUGGGCUUUGGUAAGACGAGCUCAGAGACGGUAGUUGAUUGAUGUGGCCCAGUUUUAAACAACUACAGUUUAACAAUGGUCAAACAAGUUAUUUUUUUUGUAUACAAAACAUGUGCCUUAUUAUUAUUAAUGACUUGCCUUACUUUUUUUCCUUGUCAUCCAGUACAAUCCUAUUCAAUUCCAAUAUCGUAUUUGUUUUAUACUCUUUAAAAAGUUAUAGCUAAGGGUGGGAAAAUGGCCAAGUUGGUUUUAUCAUGAGAUUAUUUAAAGGUUGCUUUUUUUUGUUGCUGUGGUGAGAGAUCUAGUUUUUUUUUUUUUUUUGGAAUGACUGCAUGCUUUUUUUUCCCCCCUCCCCAAGAAAGUUUAACCAAGUUCUUACUCUUGUUAAAACACUUGCCUUUUGUAUUUGAAUGAUUGUAAUCACAUUUUAAUUCAAAUAAAUAUGUAACAAAUCUCA